AUGUCAGAGGUCGGGUCGGCUGCUCCACGCGCUCAUCGAGCAGCAAAACGCAGGGUCAUAUCCGGAAAGAGAUACCUCGAACACAAGAAGUUCAUUCACCGGAUUAACCGAAGGCUCAAGGCAAAGAAUGAACCGCGAGCUAAAGGUCGUUACCCUGUUGGGAAGACUAAGGUGAAGGAAGAAGUGACGAAGAAACGAUUCCCCCGUAGUUUCACUACACAACAGGGAAAGAGCAAACUACGUCUUCGGAAGACAAAAUGCUUCUCUGACCACAAAAGGCGCAUACGACCUGGAUUUGUACCCGGUACGGUAUUGAUUCUGCUUGCUGGUCCACACAAAGGAAAACGUGUCGUGUUUCUUAAAGCUCUUCGCAGUGGACUGUUGCUUGUUACUGGGCCGUUCAAAUACAACGGUGUUCCGUUGCGUCGUAUUAACCAGCGUUACGCUAUUGCUACCCAGACACGUAUCGAUUUAUCGGGGAUCGAAAUACCUAAACGUGUGACGGACGAGUACUUUAAACGGGUCGAUCUCAAGGAGGACAGGCGUAGCGUAGAUAAACUGUUGACGGAUGAAGUAAAGAAGUAUUCCGUUAGUGAAGAACGGAAAGAAGAUCAAAAGGUGGUUGACAGCCAGGUAUCCGCUGCGAUGAAGAAACAUCCCGAUUCGAAAUUACUCCAUGCUUACCUGCGUUCCCUGUUCUCUCUCGGCAAGCGUGACUAUCCUCACCGAAUGAUCUUUUGAUCUCCCUCUGUACAAUAAAAUUUUCAAAUUGGAUCUUGUUCUUAAACUGGU